ACAAGUACCCAAAAUGGCCAGGCCAAGGCAGCUGGUCCAGGCUACGGUGAUCCUCCUCCUAGCGACAUGGUUCCUCCGGAGCUCGUCAGCUCCGGCCAUGCUUGCGCCCCCGCUGCCACCACAACCACCGGACACCCUCUGCAUCCCCUACGAGCGGGAUGCACUUCGUGCGUUCAAGGCUAGCCUCACCGACCCGGGCAACUACCUCUCUUCGUGGCGAGACGAGGACUGUUGCCGAUGGAUAGGCAUCGAGUGCAGCAACCGAACCGGCCACGUCAUCAAGCUUGAGCUCGACGGGUCUAACACCAUGGGUUGGCCUAUGGGAGGUGAGAUAAACCCCUCCUUGCUUACUCUACGACAUCUGAAGCACCUUGAUCUCUCGUUCAACGACUUUGGUGGCAUGCCCAUUCCGGAGUUCAUCGGCGGCCUCCGGAGCCUUAGGCAUCUCCUCCUCCCCAACUCGUUUUUCGGCGGGCAAAUCCCUCCGCAGCUUGGAAACCUCUCCAACCUGCUCAUCCUUGACCUCUCAAAUCAGUUGCACAGUUGUUACUCGCCUGAUCUCGCAUGGGUCUCGCAGCUAUGGAAGCUACAAUACCUUGGCAUGUCUCAGGUGGACCUCAGCGCCGCCGUUGACUGGGCUCAUGUUGUUAACAUGCUCCCCUCCCUCGUAACUCUUGAACUACAAUCUUGCGGGCUUCGGAGCACUAUGCCUCCACCGUUGAACUCCAACCUCACAUCACUAGAGAACCUCUACCUCGGCUCCAACUCCUUUAACUCGCCCUUUGGAGCCAACUACUUGGCUUGGGAUCUACCUGCUCUUAGAAUUCUUAAAAUGCAUAGUUGCGGAAUCUGGGGUCCUAUCCCGGCCGCGGUCGGAAACUUUACCUACAUCCAAUCCUUGUUCCUUGACAAUAACAACUUCUCCGGCAUGGUGCCAUCUACCUUCAAGAAACUAAAGAAACUACAAAUGCUCAGGUUGUCACAUAACCUCAUUAGCGGGGGCAUAGAAGAUCUAUUGCAUAGAUUGCCAAUAGAUGAGUUACAAGAGUUGCACUUGCAGCACAAUAAGUUGGCAGGGAGAAUCCCGGAUCGGUUAGAUCACUUUACCAGCCUGUCCACACUUCGUCUCAAUGACAACAAACUAUUUGGAGAAGUACCAGUCAGCAUACGGGAACUCACAAAUUUAAAGGAGUUGCGGUUAAACUCAAACAACCUACAUGGUACAAUCACUGAAGACCAUUUCUCAAACCUGACUAGGCUAGAAGUCUUGUGGCUCUCCAAUAAUUCCUUAACUAUGUUGGUUGACAACACAUGGAACACUCCAUUCAAAUUAACUUCAGCGAGCUUUAGAUCUUGCAUCCUAGGACCACAUUUUCCAACAUGGAUUGGCCAAAGAACACUCGGCACUCUUGAUAUUUCAAACACUAGUAUACAUGAUUCCAUUCCUGAUGAGUUUUGGAUCGCAGUUUCCCGUGCUAGAAUUUUGGAUUUGUCGGGAAAUCGAAUUGUUGGCAGGCUUCCCCCAUUUUCAUUGUUUGGUGGAUUGGGGGCUAUUUUACUGGACAUCAGUUCUAACCAGCUUGUUGGCCCCAUUCCAACACUUCCAAAGAGCCUUCUCUACUUGGACCUCUCAGGGAACAACCUAUCAGGUGAACUGCCAUCAGAUAUUGGAGCACCAGAGCUGCAAGUACUCAUGCUCUUAAAGAAUUCCUUUUAUGGCACAAUUCCAUGCUCCCUGUUUGAGUUGGAACAAUUGAAGUCCUUAGACCUAUCGAAGAACCAACUAAAUGAGACAUUGCUGGAUUGCCCUCACGCACCAGAAACUUCCAAUAUUUUCAUGCUUAGCUUGAAUAACAACAACCUUUCGGGAGAAUUUCCAUCGUUUCUUCAGAGGUGUAAAGAGCUGAAAUUCCUUGAUCUGGCAUACAAUCAAUUUUCUGGGGUCUUGCCGACGUGGAUCGGUUCAAAGUUACCAUACUUGGCAUUUAUGCGGUUGCGGUCAAACAUGUUCUCUGGUGGUAUCCCUGUUGAACUCACCGGGAUGAAGGGGCUUCAGUAUUUAGACAUUGCAAGUAAUAACAUCUCAGGGGACAUACCACUAUCACUUGGGAAUCUCGUGGCUAUGGCUCAUACUCCCAACCAACAAGACGCCCUUUUCCAGAUUGUCCACUUUCGAUUGGCUUCCACAUAUAUGUUCCUCAUCGAUCCCUCUGAUAUGGAUAGUUUGGUGGUGGUCACAAAGGGUCAACAGCUCGAAUACACAACAGGAAUCGCGUACAUGGUAAACAUUGAUUUUUCCUGCAACAGAUUAACAGGGAAGAUUCCUCAGGAAAUCGGCAUGCUUGUAGCAUUAACAAACCUAAAUUUGUCCUGGAAUCAUCUCAGCGGCAUGAUCCCCCAAACUAUUGGUGAGCUACAGGCAGUGGAGUCUUUCGACCUCUCUCAUAACGAGCUCUCUGGUGAAAUCCCUACAAGUUUGGCAUCUCUAACAUUGUUGGCUCAUUUGAACUUGUCAUAUAACAAUCUAACGGGAACUAUACCAUCUGGAAAUCAGUUAAGGACUCUGGAUGACCAGCCAUCCAUCUAUAUUGGGAACCCGGGCCUCUGUGGUCCACCUGUAUCAAGCAACUGUUCAGGAAUUGGAAUCACCCGACGGGCUCUUGAAGAUGAUCAUGAGGGCAUGAGCGAUGUGUUGUCACUAUACCUCGGUAUUGGCACCGGGUUUUUAGCUGGUCUCUGGAUUGUCUUUUGUGGCUUCUUGUUCAAGCAGAAUUGGAGAAUUCGUUGGUUCUCGUUUUGUGACAGCGCAUAUGAUUGGAUUUAUUAUGUGAAAGUGGCACUGAGUCGGGCUUCACUGGCAAGAAAAAUGCCAGUAAGGGCUGGCUGAGAUCAUGGCUAGCUGGAACUUCUGUUCUUACAUAGUAUGAAUCUGGGAUUAGUAUUAAGCCCCUUUUGUCUUAUGUAAUGCUCUUCUUUGCCAUCUAAGUUGUAGCAUGAUCAAAUGUGCAUGUUUUCAUCUUAUGGAUAUGUAUAUGAACCAAGACAUGUGUAUGGCUGUAUUACCAAAUUUCAGUGAUAAUAAAUAUUGUCCUG